AUGCGUAUAUUGCUGACUUAUGGGCUUGAUUCCAUUUCUCCUACUGUGGUGAACCGUGCUUGUCAAACCAAGUUUGUUGAAGAUUCUGUGAGGAAGUUGCUGAGAGAAAGCGUGGAGUAUAGCUUACAAGACGUUGAGUCUGCUGAGACUGUGACAUCUCGAGAUGAGCUCCAGACAAAUUUACUGGAGAAUGAUGAGAGAGACCCGCGGAAAAGGCCUGGGGAUUGGCACUGUACAGAAUGCAAGUUCUUAAACUUUGCGAGAAACAUAAGAUGCUUGCGGUGUGAUGUAUUUUCUGAGGAGAGGCUAAAACAGUUGAAGCAAGAACAGAAAGAUCAUCUCCCACUGAAGAAAGGAGAUUGGCUAUGCCAAACAUGCAAUUUCUUGAAUUUUGCGAAGAACACGAGUUGCUUGCGGUGCAAAGACAAGCCUUCAAUGCGUCAAAUCAAUCUGGGAGAGUGGGAAUGCGAGUCGUGCUAUUACAUCAAUUUUAGAAGAAACUCUGUAUGUUUGAAGUGUGAUCACAAGAGACAAAAGGCUCCAAACGCCACAACGGAUUCAAAGAGUGUUGGUGAUCAUCACAGCAGAGUUUCAAAGACGUGGAGUUUCGUAGAAGAAGAAGAGGAAGAGGAGGAGGAGGAAGAAGAAGAAGAUGGCGUGAUGGGAUUUCCAGUGGAAGGAGGGAGAAGUAGUGUUUCAAGGAGUGUGGAAAAAAGAGAGCAAUGGAAGUUGGAGAUGACACAGAGGAUGAGAAGCAAUGGACAUGAAAAGAAAAAAGAUGAUGAUGAUGACGAGAGAGAGUCAACAAGAUGUUAUGAUCGGAGAAAGAUUGAGUUUCUUGGUAAUUGUAGUGAUGAUGGAGAGAUGGAUGAUUGGUUUGCGCCAACUUUAAGAUAAUCUGUUUUGUUUUUUACCUCUUUGGCUGGUUUGGAUUUGGACAUUGUUGUAGUGAAAACCUGAAAUGUUUGAC